AUGUAUGAUAAGUACUUUCUUAGACAGUGUUUUAUUGCAUCCGGCAUCAUAUUUCAAGCUUUUUGCGGGUCUAUGAGUGUAACACUACCAUCAGUAUUGAAUCCGAUACUACUAUCACCAAAUACAUCAGACAUUAAGGCUACGUCGUAUGAGGUUUCCUGGUUGGCUGCUUGCAAUAGUAUCACGGGUUUAGUUGGCUAUUUUGUACUGUCACCAAUGAUGCAAAAAAUUGGGCGAAAAAUGACACAUUUUAGCGUAAGUGUAACAGUUGCAAUAGGUCUAAUAGUACUUGCACUAGCCAAGAACAUGGUUAUGCUUUUCAUCGCUAGAUUAAUCCACGGACUCUAUUUAGGAUCUAUUUUUAUUAAUAGUAUUAUCGCAUGUGAAUAUUCUGAUCCUAAAAGAAGAAGCUAUAUGGUAGCUAUUAAGAAGUUAUCUGUAUCAUUCGGAGUUUUAGCAAGUCAUACUUUGGCUCUUUGUUGGACUUGGAGACAAAUAUCUAUAUUUUCUAUAUUUCCUGCUAUAAUAGCAAUGAUUAUCAAUUGGUAUUGGCCAGAAAGUCCAUCUUAUUUGGCUUUAAAAGGAAAAAUAGAUGAAUGCAGACAUUCCUUCUAUUGGUUGCAUGGAAAGUCAGGAGAAAAAGAGUACGAAUUGAGAAUUUUAAUUGCAGCCCAGACAGAAACGAGACUAAAGAAUAAAUUAAAUAAAUCUAAUAUGGUAAUACAAUUGUUACACUUGUGCCGUGACAAAGCAUUCCUCAAGCCGUUUUUUGUGACUACAGUAUUAUUGCUAGCUGUAGACGCAUCUGGUAGAUUUUAUUUCGUUAUAUAUGUUACACAAAUAAUAAAAGAAAUCGUUGGGAACGAAUCGUCCGCAGCAUAUUGUACAAUAUUUUUCGAUAUAAUAACAAUAGUCGCAAUAUUUGCAUCUCUUUUUGUUAUACACAAAUUUAAAAGACGCACCGUAAUUUGUUGUUCAGGAUUUAUGUCAGGUUUGUUAAUGAUAAUAAUAAGUAUUUUGAUAUAUUUAAAAUCACAAUUUGUGACACUGUUAUAUUUAUCUUGGAUUGCACUUAGUGUUAUAAUGAUACAAAACUUUAUAACAUGCAUUGGACUGAUACCUAUUAGUUACAAUAUUAUUGGCGAAAUAUUUCCUUUAGAAUACAAAGGUUCGGGGCCCUCUUUUUCAGGAAUAUCAUUUAUGACGUUUUAUUUCAUAAGCCUGAAAUUUACACCUGUUAUAAUAGAAGAAAUAGGAUUACAAGGAAUGUACUUUAUGUACGGAUUAUCCUUACUACUUUGUAUAUUUGUAUUAUAUUAUAUAUUACCAGAAACCAAAGAUAAAACAUUGCAAGAUAUAGAAGACGAAAUCAGAGGAAUAAAGAGAACAACUGUUGAAGCAAGCAAAUGUUAA